AUGAGCGGGAUACGAAAGUUUAUGAUGAGAACCGUUUUGGUAAAGGAUAACGAAGUUGAAUCCGCAUUGCGAGUACUUAAUUCGAUUUUAGGUAAAGAAGGUAUAAUAGAUGAUCACAGGAGGAUACAAAGAUAUGAAAAACCAUGGCAGACGAGGAGAAGAAUCAAUUAUGAAAAAAUGAAAGCACUUUACUCUGAAGAAAUGAGUAGGAAAAUUAAUUUUCUAAUGAGGAAAAAUAGAACAAAUCCAUAUCCUGGAUGUUAA